AUGGACGGACCGUACGCUCGAGAAUUGACCGUCGCUAUCGCGGCAAUUCAGCAUGCCGCAAGACUUAGCCGCCGUGUUCUAGUGGCCUCUGACAAGGGCGUCGUGACGAAGGAGGACCUUAGUCCCGUCACCGUCGCUGACUUCGCUAUUCAAGCUCUCCUGACAUCAACAUUGCACGCCGCUUUUCCCAAUGACAAGUUUGUUGGCGAGGAGUCUGCCGCCGACCUCCGUGAGAACCCCGAGCUUCUCAAAUCCGUAUGGGCGCUUCUGCAGCAGGUUGAGAAUGAAAAAGAGCCGGAUUCUCUGUGCAAGCUGCCCGAGUCACCAGAGCAGAUGUGUGAGAUGAUCGACUGGUGCGGCCUGGGUGAGCCGUCACCAACCGGCAGAUUCUGGGUGUUUGAUCCUAUUGACGGCACCAAGACCUUCGUCAGGGGCGAGCUCUAUGCCAUUAACGUUUGCUUGAUGGAAGAUGGCAAGCAGAGCGUCGGAAUUGUAGGCCUGCCCUUGCUCGCAGCAGACGCCAAAGCACCAAUCAACAACAACAGCAUUGACCCCACUGGCACGGGCAGCAUCAUGUUCGCCGUCAAGUCGCAUGGCACAUUCAUCCGGCCACUUUCCGGUCCUCUGGACCUUCAACCCACAAAAAUCCCUCGCCAUGCCGACACCGAGACGCCGGAUCUGGUAUCAGUCACCUGCAUCGACGGCUCUGACUCCGCUGUGCCAGGGAUCCACCAGAAGGUUGCCGACCGCCUCGGUAUUUCUUAUCCCGGCAACGACCUUCUUGGCUGGGUGUUGAGAUGGGCUGUGCUCGGCCUCGGGCAGGCGACUUGCACCUUUUGGGCAUACAGGAGGCGCGACCGUCUGGCCAAGAUCUGGGACCAUGCCGGUGCGAUGCUACUGUUCGAGGAGGUUGGCGGAAAAGUAACGGACGUCGACGGAAACCCGGUGAACCUUACUGCGGGACGCAAAAUGGUGGCCAACUACGGUUUUAUCGCCGCGCCACCGGCGAUUCAUGAGAAGGUGCGUACUGCUGUAAGGGAGACGUUGAGAGAGGAGGGUCACUUGGAGCUACUUGGGUAG